UCAUACUUUUAUAUACCGAUAAAGAAGCGAAAUUUUUCGAAGACAAAUAUCUUCUUCUUGGAAACGUUGCAACGAGUACUCUACUUUUGAUAUUUCCUACGUCUUUGCAUUUCUGCUUAUUUUUCUGCAUUUUCGCCUUCUCGAACUUGUCGCGUACUGGCAGCGUAGCAGCAGAUUGGAAACAAAGUAAAACCCAAUAUCUUCGUGAUAAUCCUUUUAAACACGUAACAAGAACAACGACUCAUAAUUCGAAUAAUCCGUAGCCGAACUAAUUUCGCGAGUAUUUAACCGUCAAAGUGGUCGUUCGUUAUGAUAAACGUUACGAUCGGAGCAGUUAGGGUAAACGAGCCCAACAAGUGAAUUUUAAAACGCGUUCGGUGUACGCGCGAGUACCUUCGAGAUCCCUAAAUUAAUGCCCGAAGAUCCUAAGGGCGGCCUAAGAGUAAAGUCGGUAAAGAUACGACACGAACGAACGAAGAGUUGCGAAAGUUUUCCGGCUUGAUAGAAGCGAUUAAACAGAACCAUAAGGUAACAGCGCGGCUCGUUAGGAAGGGCUUGCCUCUAAGUGAUCUCGUAUAACACGGGAUUUUAUGGAGAGUGCAUCGGGGUCUCUUUGCAUGCAUUUCGUGGAAGGCUGAGUGCCUCCACUAUCGAAAUGACGAUUAUCGUCCAUCUUGUCGAGAUGUGGCUGUGCGCUGUUUCUGCCGGUAGCCCGAUACACAUUUCUCUUCAGGUACUCUCGAAUUUCCUUCCAAGAUUUACACCACUCCGAAACCGUUCUUCGUACACCGGGAUCCAUCAAAGAUUCAUCGACACGAGUGGCUCUCCGCUAGAUUCAUUAGAAAAUCGCGAUUUUCAUAGCAACGCUGCCAUACACGGCCUUCGCCUAUCAAUAUGUUAUGAUACGAGGGACGCUUUGUAAUUUUGAUCGGAAUCAGUGGAACCAUAAACAGGUAUACGUGAUUAACACAGGCUAGUCUUGAGAUGGUUCCAGGCCAGCCUGAUUGAGUCUGUAAUAUUAAACGCAAUUCAACUUGCCAGACUAGCUGGCUAACGAUGAGCAUAUCGAAGUAAAUAGGCCACCGAAGGUCGAAACUCGAACAGUUUUGGGAAUCUCGGUGGCACGGGGUCGACCGAUAAUUAAUUAAGGAUGAAUAUAAGAUCGAUCUUAUCAUACACGUAACUUGCUCAACUUUGAAGAUGUCGUUAAUCUGCAGUGGCAGGCCUUGGUUACCUGUCACGACUUCAUCGAAGGGAUCAAUGUCUGUCGUUUCGACGUAAGUCUCGCUUUCCUCGGACUAAUUUACUCGAUCGAACUUUAUUGCCGUCGAUUUAUGCCGAACGGAGAUGUAUCCUGUUCGGGGAUAUCGGCCUCGAAAUUUGUUUGCCUUGUUUUAUGGCGGGGCCAGGUUGCAUCAACUGUCUUAUUGGAUUCUGACACGACGCCAGUGACACACGCGUAGACCAGACGAAACGCGUUGCGUCUUCCGUAGACGCGUCAUCCGGCGCACACGUAGCACGAAAAUUUAUACGCUGGAUUUGCAGGAAGAGGAAGGAUAAGGUCGGAACAGCAAGAGAAAGACUAAAGUCGGAGCAGAAAGAGAAAAAAUAAAGCCGAAACGAGCACGUGGAGCAGAGUGUAUGAUUUCGGAAUGAUUCCAAUUUCACGGAAACCUUGAAUUGCCGAAUCUGAGGACGUAGGACAGUUGGAGAGAGAACCGUAAGUUGUUACGUCGGCCUCUUAGGAGUACGUCCCGUGUCUUUUCCAGGGAAAAGACAAUCGUGGGGGCGGUGUAAGAGCUGUACGAUGUAAAAGAAAGGCAAGGUAAGACGAGGAGGUGGAGGUGGAGAUGUGCAGGACGAAUAGCAAGCAGUGUCUCGUGGGAGUGUGCACCAGGUGCCGGGUUAACCCCUGCGGCUUAGAUGUCUUUAGGCGGCGCGUUACCCUGUCGUUUCGUAACCAGAAGGUGGUAACCAAUCGGUUUCGUAAGGGAAGAAGUAGACAAAGAGCGGGCGACGAGAAAACAAGCUGGAUGUUGUCUAGACGCGUGAGAGUACGUUUUCUACGUGACCAGGAAAGCCAUUCUUCUUUCAAACAUCUAUACGUAAGAUGAUCGUGCGGUUUACGGGCUAAUGGAAGCUUGUAAAUUUCUAAUCUUCUCGACGAUAAAAACAGGGCAUGUCACGUAUGUAUUUCAAAGUUAAAUCGCAGUCCAAAAUGAUUUAUUUAGUUUAGACCAACGUGUUUAACGAGAAAUUUCGAGACACGAGAACGAUAAUACAACUUUGCUGGUUUUUUGAUCUUAACGUUAGUUUAUAAUUCGAAAAGAAUAUCUUAACGUAAAAUAACUAACAAUUUACAAUUACAAUCUAACUAAUCAACAAUUACAAUCAAAGAUAUAGUAGAUGAAGUUUUGUAAAAGCUAAAGGUAGAACUGUCAAGAUAAUUAACAACUUAACGUCUGCGAUCUUUUAACGUUGUGGCGAGCAAUACUUUUCAGUUUACUAAGAGUACAGAAAAUUCAAACGACAAGACAAUUUUGACGAUAUAGAAUUAAUUGACAAGGAACUGGAUUUGGAAAUUGUUCUCCUAAAACGUGAUAAAUGCGACUUAUCUUCUUCUCCAUCUGUAUAUCUUCAAAUAGAUUUUUCUUUUCCUAAAAGACUCUGCUCCAGUUGAACCAAUUUUGAGAUAAGAACACGUGUUUAUAGAUUUUGCACAAUGUACAGGUCGCACGAUUUAACACGCAAGCGGGUUUAUCAAGACAUCCAAUAUUCUCGAUAUACUCGGGAUGGUUAUCGUUACGCGUUUCGAUCUUUCGCGCAAUAAAAUGAGCUACUUGCAAUGAAUUCUUCAGCGGAAACGCCAUUACCGCGGCCGUUAAACUCUCGCAACAUGAUCCCGCGUGACCCUUAAAAAUGCCGAGUAAAAUGACGUCUCUGGACAUUAAACGAAACGAAUGCAACAAGGGUGAAUAGCAAACGGUAACUGGUUGCGCCGACGUGGAUGGAAUUUUAACCGAUUCCCCUAAUCGUUUAUUAUUCGACCGAAUUCUUUAAGGUUUACUAAAUUUUCUCCAUUUACCUUCUCUCUUCGUACGUUUCUUCCUCAUCUCUUAAUUAACACGUAGCUAGCAUUUCAGUGCGAGUGCCAUUUUAUCUUGUUCCAAUUAUACAUAUUAUUUGUUAUCAUUCACGUUACUUUUCGCUUCUAAUAUAAUUCAUAAAUAUUCUUACUGUCUGCUUCGAUCGUUCUUCCAUGUUUUUUCUAAAAUUUGGUAGCAUCUCUAUAUCCUCGUCGAAGGGGGUGGAAUUGUGCCGAAGCAUUCGAGAUGCGUUUAAAUCCACCCUCUUCCCAAGACACUUAAUAACAUGCAUAUUUCGUAAGAUGCAGCGGAGCGGCUUAAGGCAGCGAAGACGAAUGAAAAAGAGGAGCACUCGAAAGAGGAUGCGGUAUUCCGUAGUACAGAAGGGAAGAAACAUGCUGGAGGAAAAUGUAUUUUCGUUUGGGGAAGUUAGGAGGCAAAACUAUCCCCCUUCGAAAAGGCGUACUGCAGCGGCGUACUGCGACCGUGCAGCGACGUUUCGCUACAAAAAGGAGAAGGAAAGGCGCAUGCAUCGAGGCCGUACGAUAGGUAGAACAAUGAGGACGAUCGUGUUCACGGUUUGCCCGCUGGAUAAUCGUCGUCGACCGUGGCUCUUAAUUUACGUCAUCUUGGCCGUCAUCCUGCCGAUCCACGUACCAGUCGAAGCUCAAAAGAACGAACACGGGAACACGUACUUGAGGAGAUCGAGCGUGAGCCCAGGAUUCUCGAAGAACACGGAGCAAUCGAAAGUUUCCAUUGUCGACGACGAGAACAAGGAUUCGAAGGCGAAAUCUAGCGAGGGUCAGCGAGACGAAGAGUCGGCUAAAUCCAUAGACGAGAACAGUCCAGCAUUAAAUAAGUUCCUACAAGAUGUUCUGAAGGCUCAAACCGAUUUAAAGUGGAUAGAUCAAGCACUGCGUGAUGUUGAUCGCGAGAAGGAUUGGAGGAAGAACAGUAGAAAUGUUAAUAAGUUACGCGAGAAAAGAGGCUCUAGCGAGAGCUACGAAACUACACGGCAGUUGAAUAGAAAUACGUACAGAGAUGAAAAUCCUCUAGAAUUUUCCCAGAGAUUGCGCUUUGGCAAUGACAUGACGUUCAAGAGGAACGUCGAUCUCGAUGACGUGGAUGCGUACGAAAAGGGAAAGAAAAGAAAAGAGGUUCAUCUUUCUCCCGCCUAUGACAAAGAAACGAUAGACAAUCAGAUUCGGAAAAAUUGGUCCAAGACGAAGGAUCUUUGUUCUCUGAGCGACUGGCUGAACUCGUACAAAAUCUCCGGAAACGAAAAGGAUAAAUUUGAGGAUCGAUGGAUCCACGAUUACGACGCCAGUCAAAGAAACAGACUUAAUUCUUUGGACGGUGACAAAGAAGCAAACACAGAGGCGAGUAGCGCGUUGAUCGUGAGAAAUCAACGAGCCGAAACGAAGGAGAACGAGGCGACGUCGCUGGAAUCUCUCAGAGAAACGAUAUUAGAACUGAAAAAAAGCCUGAACGAAACUGACAAAAAACGGCGCGAGAAUUCCAAAAAUUUGGAUACUUGGAGUGUUAAAGAAAAGCAUAGCAACAAGCAGGAACAGAAGAAGCAAACUGCUGGUGGAAGAAACAACUAUCAAAAAAGUGAAAACGACGACGAAAGAAACUUCGGCUGGUGGGAAAGUCUAGGAGCAGAAAGGUUGAAUUUAAAAAAGCGUGAGCCAAGCACCGAGGAUCUUGAUGAGAAGAAUGCUCAUCUGAAAGUGUGGAGAACGAAGAGGACUGGAGUUAAUAACGACGAUGGUAACCCGAAACUCUUUCAUAGAGCGGGGUUUGGGGACCCGUACCUUGAAGAGGACACGCUAAAAGAGCUUCAUGACCGUAAAAGACGUAGCAAAGGAACGCCGUCAGAUGAGAAACGUCAUUUAAACGAAGCUCAGGAUGGAAACAAGUCGGCAGCUGAUGAGAAAAAUUCCAUAAAAAUAUCAAAGACAUCUGGCUGCGGCGUCGCGGAUGCUUCCGGUAAAAUAGAAUCUUUGUCGAAUGAUUUGCAAGCAAGGAACGCUUUCGAACGUGAGAGCGAAUUAACGAAUAAUCCGGCAGAUACCGCGGCUUCCGACGUCUCAAAGGCGGCCACGGAUGAGAGUAAAAACACGGAAACAGGCGGAAAUUGCGAACAAUCGGAUCUAUCGCGGGAAAAUCAGAACGCGAUGGAAAACAAGUUGAUGAAGAACAAAGAAAAGGGUGAAAGUCCCGAGGGAAAUUCUUUGCAAACCUUCGAAUCCACGUCGAAUGAACUGCAGGCUGCUUCGUCUACCGAAACCUCGAAUCAAGAAAAUGUCGGCUCGAGCAAGGGAGAACAGGUGAUCAAAGUCUUUGAACCUCAGAGGCAUUUGCGCGAAAACAACGAACGAAGAAAAGAAGUCGAAGAAACCGACGACGAGCACGAAGAAUUGUCUCCGCAGGUGAAGAGGUCUGCCAAAGAUUCAGGAAAUAUUAAUAUCCUGGUCAAGUCAGAAAACAAGAAUCUGAUCGAGUUCAGUAACGCGGAUGGCGAUAAAAAAUUACCGAACGGUGGUCAAUCGCCGUUUGUGUUGAAUAUAGUUGACGUGAAGAAGAAGACGAUCGUGGAGAACGAGCAGCCAGGUGGAAAAUCAGUUUCGAUGCUUUACAACAUGAAGUUACACGAGUCACAGGUCGAUAAGCCUGUCGAAGGUGCGAAUAAACGAGAUGCAGAGCCGAGAAACGACGAAGUUCCGGUUGGUAGCGUGGUGCUUGAUUUUCGGAAGAAUAAACUUAAGGAAGUGCCAUACGAAGACACGCCCGCAUCUACGAACACGAUGAAAGAAAGGAACGUGGAUGAGAAACGACUUGAGAACUCUGCAGACCUCGACAAAGGAUCGGAACAAAGCGGCGUCAAUGAAGAAGGAACUCGAAACUGGUUCGGAGAGGCAGCUCGUAAUCAGAUGGCUAUGAACGUCGAUCACGGUGCAGCUGAGAAAUGUAAUGACCUAGGCGGAAAGGAUAAAUUUACGAACGCAGAGGGGCGGUUUAACGAUAAUAAAGAGAAGGGAGACUCCUCCGUUCAGGGAUCUAAUAAGGAGGCAGAGCCGAACGGAGAGAAUAAAGAAGGAAGAAAUAAGAAAUAUAGAGAAAUAUUCAUAAUGACCAAUGGAAUGGAUGAUAGGAUAAUGAAUGAUAAAUAUGGUCAGAGACGAAUAUUGCAGUAUAUGGAGUACUCUAACGACGAUGUCGAAGAUGCCGAUGUGAAUUACAGCGACAAAGAGGAAGAGGAAAAUCAACAUCAGGCUGCUGCAGAGAAAAACGAUGCAGCAACACGAAGGAAAGAACGAGCCGCGUACAGCGACAAAAAGAAAGAUAAAGUGAAUCUGUUGAUUAAAGAGAAAAUCGACAAAAAGAAAAAACCUCGCCAGAGAAAAAGACGUAAUCCAAGUGUAAUCGAAUACUACGAUUACGAUAGCAAUCUCGAGCAGCAGGAUCACGAAUCGUUGUCACCGACAAGCGAGCAACAGCGAAGUAAAAACAAUUAUCAAGACAAGAGCGCCAUCGAAUCCGACGCGGGACCUGGUAAUCACGCGUGCACUUCCCCAUCGAAAAACUAACGACAAAACUGCUAAAAUCUUAUGUAGUAAAGUUUCGCCAGAUUUCCAAUAAUCCACUCAAAUCAUCGAUUCGAUAUCACCGGGUUAGGCUAUGAGUUAAGGUGAAUGUGUGUUUUGACGAAUAUGUCGCAGCAAUUAAACACAGGAGAAUAUAGUAAAUCGAACUUUUCAUGUUCACGGAGGGACAAUUUUUAAAUUGAAUAUGUUGUCAGGAGUUUUAUAUAGCAAACUGCACUCUCUUUAUACGAUUUCAAUAUCAAAUAUAUGUAAAUCUCACAGAUAUCUUUUUUGUAUAAUAUAUUUGUUGUAUUUUUAUCAAUACAAAGAGAUGCAAGCUGAGUAUCUAAUAACAGAUUUUUACGUAGCGUUUACCUACAUACAUUUCAGACGUUUUAUUCGUCACAGAGCACGCAUUCGCUGUAGCCAUAGUCGCAGACGAAUCACACGAGAGCUCAUGCCUCUUUUCGUCAUGUCGUAGUCGUAGACGGCGAGAGCAGCGAAAAAUGUAGACCACCUAUGACGGAAAUCAAGAACGAGCAAGACGAGGCGAUACGGAAGGAGAUAAAACAGAAGGAAAAAUCGGGGAACAGGGUGCCGGUAGAGCAAUUCCUUAAUCCGGCUGGAAUAGAAAGGAACGUAACGAAGAAAUCAGCGGCGACGACAUCGACGAAAGCUAAAUUCGGGAAACAGGAAGGAUCCUCCAGCAACCAACGACUGGGAUCAAGGUGAAGACAACGUGAACAGCAUUAGUCGCGAGAGGUCAGCGGUAAAUUCUCGAACGAAAAAUAGUACAAUCUAUCAAAUAAAUGACACUGACCUGCGUGAUCGUGAUAUUGGUGUAUAGCUGCGCGAGAAACUUUUAAGCUCAAGUAGUGAACUUAGUAUGUGGAUAGGUUAAACGAACCGGUGGAGGGAAACGAAGACAAGUUUUUAGACGCUGACACGAAUAACGAGAUGAUGCUAAAUCCGGCAAAGUAUAUUCUCAAAGUGGAUACAAAUUCGGAUCCCGGGGCAAUCGACGACUUCUGCGAUGAUAUCCAAUAUCUGGAUGAAAAGUAUGCUAUCCUAAUUGGCCCUAGAAAUUUCUUCGUCUCGGUAUCGUUUAGCUUUGAUUUUAGUCGUCUGAACGCUUCGUUACAGCAUUCGUUCUGUACAGUAUUCUCCGUUAUAAAUAUUUUACUCUCGUGUCCGCUAGAAAAGAAAUAGCGCCUGACAACGUGGAACCACUGUACGAAGAGUUAAAAAAAAUAUACGACUGGAACGAGGACGAGACAAAAGUAAAACCUCGAAUAAAGGGAGAUCAGAGGACGUAUCAGGAAUCUUACGACAAAGUAGAUCCCAUCGAUAGAGUAGCGGGCGAACCGUUUAAAGAUCAAGUCGAGCCUCCGCAAGUUCACGAUGAUUCAACUAAAACAUUCGGUAAACGUUGCUGAAUCAAAUUUCAUCGCAUGGAAUCGACGCGACUCACGUCGAUUGUGUUCGAUUUUGCCGUUCAGUUUCCAGCCCCAACUUAUCGCCUCUUUUGCUCGUUAACACUGGAUCAGGGAAAUCCGAAAUUGGCGAAAGAACGUACCCAGUCGUAUCAUCUGGCCGGCACGAAAGCAGCCACGCCGCGAACGUUUCCCGCAGUAAUUAUUUUGCUCUUAAAAGCACAGACGAUAUGUUUAAAGGCGGGUCGGAGCAAAGUAACAGCACCGGGGAAAAAUUACGAGGACCUAGCGCUAUCGGAACGACCGGUGAAUGGCAAACACAAAAGGUAAAAAACGAGUAAAAUCUAAGCAUUUCCAAUAAAUUAUUGGCCCGACU